AUGGCACGAUUUUUCAGCUGGCUGAUGCUUUUCAGCCUCUUGGGUGUCGGUCUUGCUUCGCCCCAAAAGUUCAACCAGGAGGAGCAGAAUCGGAACGCAGACUGUGAUAACGGCUGCUUCUUUGGUAGCUUCCCGGGCGGUUCGUGUACGAACGACGCAGCAUGCAUGUGCACGCAGCAAAAGUAUCGCGAGAGAUACUUUUGUUGCAUGGCUGAGAAGUGUGCACCUUCAGUGUUGCCUGACUCUAUCCAAAGGCAAACGCUGGAGUGCGAAGCCAGAAACAUGGAGUUCACCUUUGACGUGGAAAAAGUCUGCGGCAUUAAGCUGAGCACCUCGUCUUCUGCCCCCUCUUCCACUCCAACCUCUACGGUCUCGUCUACAGUCACCAGUAGUUCCGAUGAGUCUUCGACUACAUCUACCUUGGUUUCAACAGCACCAACGCCCGAGACAACUACCGAUGCGUCUUCUGCUAGCACCUCUGAGACUACUUCUGCGGGAAGUGCUGCGCCAACUACUAAUAGCGGCAUGCAAACUAAAGCUAUGAUGAAUGGUAUUGCCAUAAUUGCUGCCUUGUCAGGAAUGAUGUUCUGGUAA